GCCUCUUUCACCCAAUCUUCAGACGCAUUGCUUGUUUAUAGGAAUAUACAACUCACUUCCGCGAUCCUGACGCACUAUGCGAUACGCCACGUCGAUAUCUUCAAUAUGCCUCUUCUCGAAUCCGAUGUCCUGAGGCCGAUAGACCCCUCGCUGAGCGAGGACGACUGGACUGAAUUUGUUCUGAGCGAUGCAUCAGUCGUUUACAAGAGCAACGGAAAGCCUGCGAACUUACUGUUGGCCUAUGCGGACACGCCUCUCAAGGUGCUGGGCCGGCUCGAGGCACCUUCUCGCGAACAUUCACAUCACCUACUCAAGAAACCCUACAAGCCCACCGACAUCGUAGUACGCGAUGUUACACGCUAUUCCUACGCUCAAAUGGCCGACGGUACCUAUAUGAUCUGGGCGUUAGGCGAAGCAGGAUGGUUUGAGAUCCAGCCUGCAGCGAACUACCAGGCCACAUUCGACGACAUGUUACAAGCUGUGCAACUGCUAUACUUCAUCACCGACAUCUACAACGAGCCGAGGAAGAGGGGAGGUGGACCAAGCGCUUCGUUAAUAUACCAGGAAUACGCCGAGGACGAAAGAUUCCCAUGCAGUGAUGUGACUGAGGCUGAACGGAUAUUCCACAAGCACCGUGAGUUCCUACUGAUGUGCUUCCUGAAGCGGACACACGGCAUCGGCUGGAGCAACACUCCUCUAUAUCAGUCAUUCAGACGGCAGUUUCCGAAAGACUUCGAAAGAUGCAAAGCACGGAGCGAAGGCCGCUUCGCAGACGUCAAGCUUGAGAGGAUAUCUCGCACAUCACGAACAUUUUCUGCGCCGACAGUCACAGUAAAACCAUCAUCGGGAAAGGCACAGACAAGCAAAGGUAAGACAGUCGUGACGAAAACAGUCGAACCUCCUAAGAAAGACGACAACUGGUGGGAGGCGGCUACGCUGUUUGAAUUCAUGCAGAAAGCUGUCAACCAGCGCGUAAUACGAUCAGGCCGCAACAGCAUUACGGUCGGACGAGUCGCACAACUGAUCGUCAAACGUUACGAAAUCGAGGACGUAGAGACUGCGCGAAACGUAGUUCUAGUGCAUGCGCAAAAUCUGUGCUACAUGAUGGAUCACCCACGACGGCAGAACAUACGGUUUUUCACGGCUGAACCAAUAUACGGCGAACUUGCAGCAGGGCACAGCUUGUCGGCGACUGAGCAAAGAAAAGCAGAAGGCGUGGAGCUACGACCGCGGAAAGAUCACGGUAGAUUGCGAGGUGAAGACAGCGAAUCAUCGGACACAUCAGAUGAGGAAGAUGAGGAUGAUGACGCGAUUACAACACCAAAACGCCGGCUGUCAGGGAGAAGCAAGAAGGGCACACUGUCCGUGUUACGGCCCAAGAGCGGCAAGUUUUCCGGUGAGGGCAAGAGUGUGAGAAGAGGAGGCAAAGGCAAGACAAACCCACCAGUACCCGUCUCCGACUCAGAAUCAGACUCAGCGAGCGACGAGGAGGAUGCAAUGGCCAUCGACAUACCAACACACGCCUUAUCUCCUGGAACCUCAAAACGCAAGCUCGAAACAUCGGACGAAACGACAGAAGAAGGCAAACGAAAACGCACACACAGCUCUCUCAUACCUCCAUCGUCACCACCCACAUCUGCAGACGAGACCCCAGAACCCGGGACCGCUGAUCCCCCCCUUCCACUACGUUACCGACCCGGUACGAACCAAACCGCUGCAAAAUCAACACAGCCCGUACUUCUAGCGAUAGUAUCAACACCCCUGCCCACAUACGAAUCGAACGGGCCUCGCGACUCCUGGAUAUGUUCGUUUGACGGGUGUGCGCAACGGAUAUACGGAUGCAGUAAAGAAAUCGGGAGACAGUUGAUCACGGAGCAUUUGGAAGAUCAUACAAAGGGGAGAGAGAAGGUUGUUGGGAUACUGUGGAGGGAGCAGGACAAGCUGCAUUUGCCGGUCAACAACCUUAUCAAAAAGAUCCGCGAAAUGAGCGAGGCAAAAACACCGCUGUUUCCGGCAAUACCCGGCACGAGCGUACAGCCACAGCCCAUACAACGGACUGUAUAGCAAGACGUUUCGUCAUGACUUUGGCUUUCGCAUUGCGUUCGGCGCACCGCUUAUUCUUUGGACUAGAUGACCUUCAUAGCGAUCUUAACGACCCAGCGUUCUUAUUGGGACACAUAAUAGCGCUCAGUAUUACGGCAAUUACACCCACUCUACCCUCCGGCUCUCCCCUUUUUCCGCGCACUCUGUUGUUCAUGUAGAUUGUCCCUUUCUCACUUCAACCCCGCUCUCCUAGCCCAAUUGUCCCUAUGCUUCACAUACCUAUUCCAAUUUCGCUGCGCCUCAUCCC